AUGCCCAGGCUUCCCAAGUCUGCGAGACCGAUCGCAGAAGCCUUGGCAGGUGUGGAGCUCAGAGGCAUCACCUAUGCGGAGGGCAGUGUGGCGGCGGAGAUUCUGCUGGCGCUGGCGGAAAACAACUGCCAGAUCUCCACAGUGGCAUCCAAAUUGCGCCCGCCUUUGUUGCAGCGACUACCACUGCCAGAUCUAGUUAGCAUCGUGGCCGCCCUUGGGGAGCAAGGUCUGAAAGACGAUCUCUUGAGACCGCCGCUGCAAGCCAAGGUGGCGGUGGCGGGGCCAGGUCUCGCAUUGGUGCCGCCCUCGCGCCUCCUGCGCUUGGCCACGGCCUCCCAGCAGUCGAGUUGCAUCGCCCAAACUGCCCUGGGACCAGUAGCUGGUGCUGCAGCUCAAAGUUUAGAGAGCUGGACCGCAGAGGAUGUGUCAGAGCUGAUGCUGCUCGUAGCCACCUCCGGUUUCGCGGAGAACAGCCCUGGUGCGAAGCGACUCUUCAGUCGCGUCACCGAGGUGCUAACCCCUCGGCUAUCCGCUCUGAGCGCUACCGUCCUCUUGAAGGUUGUGGUUGCAGCAGGGGCUGUGGCAGCACAUUGCCUGGCAUCCCCUAAUGGCGCUAACAGCAGCGCAGAACGCUGGGCCCCGGCGGCCUCUUCGCCCUUGCCGCAGCAUGCUCUCUUUGGGAACGGCGGCUGCAAGGAGAAGAAAUUCCCAGUGGAUAAGGACAUGUUGGAAUCCACCCUGCAAGAGGCUCGCUUGCUCGCUGGUUGCCAGCUGGUUGCCAUGCUGGAGUCCCGCAAAAUACUUCCAGAACAGCUACGCGGACUCACUGAAGAAGAGCUCUACAAUGAGUUGAGCGGCUGGGAGGAGGACCCGGAGAAACUCCGGCGCCGCCAGCAGACGGAAGGGCAGCUCCGGCAGGAGGUGGAAAAGCUCGGCGAGGAGGUCGAAACCCUUCAGCACCGCUGCAGCGCAGCGCAGAGCCGCGCCUUAGAGGCUCAGGCAUCGCAGGUGGAGGCGCAGCGGAGGAGCGAGUUCCAGCUGGGUUUGGUGAAGCGUCAGCUGCAGUCCCUGAAGCGCGGCACCAGCGCAGCGAGCGGCUUGGCCCAGCGCUGUCGUGACUGUCAGCGGAAGGCGGAGUUGUUUGACUUGGAACGGGAGGCGCUCCAAAAGGAGGCCGCCAUGAAGAAGAAGGCAUGGCAGGCUGCCUCCAGCCAAGCCGCCGAUGGCGAGGCAGCGCAGCUGCUGGCGGAGCGCACCCAGCUGCAGCAGCAGCUGCGCAAGACGCGGGAGAUGGUGGAACUCAGUCAGUUGCUGACCGACGAACGGAUGCUGCUGGAGAAACGCAAGAUGACCUCUGGGGAAAUGUUGAGGGAGAUCGCCGCACUGGAAGAGCAGGCGGACGACGUGGAACGCAACGGGCAGCGCGUGGUGGCCGAGAUGCGCAGCAGCCUGGAACGCCUUGCGCAGCGGAGUGAGGAUCUGAGAAAGGCCAAGGACCAGGCAGAAGAUUGGCUUGGCGCCGUUUGGGCCGCAUUAAAUCAGCAGAGGCGUGAGCAGUUGCUGCUGCAUCGCAGGGUCAAAGAGGAAGAUCAGUGGGCGAGUCGCUUGCAGGAGCGAACUGAAGCGCUGGUCGACGAGCUUGCGGUGCUGGAACGCCAGGCACAACCUCAGAACAGCCCCAACCAGGGGCAGGAGGAGACCCUGCGCACCCUGGCCCUGCUCCAGCAACGACGGAAGACCUUGAAGAAGGACCUAUCUUCCCACCUUGCCAUGAGCCGACAUGUACAUGGCAAGCUGAAGGAUGCCGAAGGCGAACACAAGCUGCUCUUGGAACAGUUGAGACCUUUGCAGCCUAUGUUGCGCGACGGUCGCGAACAGAGUUAACGCCGGAGAGAGCCAAGUGCGGUGCAGUGGCAAAGCCAUGUGCCCUUGCAACGCUCG